CAAUAGCGCAGCAAGGGGCAUCUUGAACUCCAGAUACUCCAUUCAAUUCCAUCACGAAUCCCUUCAGGAGCAUCAUCAACGGCUCCGCGUCUUCUGCGGUUAUCCUUUGACUUUUCUGCUGGCUUUCAUCUUCUUGGACUAAUUCGCCAUGGAUAUUAACGAUUUGAAGAACACGGUCUCCAACCUGACCUUGUAUGACCUCAAGGCAGGCUUUCGGAAGGCCCAGAAUGCUGUUAUGAACUUUACCGAGAUGGAGGCCAAGGUUGGUUGAGCUCUGCGCGACAACAGACCGGGACAUUGUCGACUUACCCAUCUUCAGGUGCGAGAAGCAACGAACAACGAGCCAUGGGGUGCUUCAUCGACCCUUAUGCAAGAGAUUGCCAAUGGAACAUUCAACUACCAAACCCUUAACGAGAUUAUGCCCAUGAUCUACCGUCGCUUCACCGAGAAGGCUGCCGAGGAGUGGCGUCAGAUUUACAAGGCCCUCCAGUUACUCGAGUUUCUUAUCAAGCACGGUUCCGAGCGCGUUAUCGACGAUGCUAGAGGACACAUCUCGCUUCUUAAGAUGCUGCGCCAAUUUCACUUUAUUGAUCAGAACGGAAAGGACCAGGGCAUCAACGUGCGCAACCGAGCCAAGGAAUUGGCCGAUCUUCUUAGUGACGUGGAUCGCAUCCGGACCGAGCGCAAGAAGGCGCGUGCCACCAAGAACAAGUAUACCGGAGUUGAGGGUGGUGCGACCUUUGGAGGUGGCUUCUCAAGUGGCAGCUCUGGUCGUUAUGGUGGUUUUGGCAGUGAGAGUGCUGGCUACGGCGGUGGUGGUAGCAGCGGUGGCCCUGGCAACUAUGGCGGAUACUCUGGUGGUGUUUAUGGCGACGGUGGUGGUUUCGGAGGCCAGUCUGAUGACUGGCGAGGCGACGGCGCUGCCAGCCGAUCCGAGCGAUUUGAGGAAUAUGAUGAGUUCGACGAGGGCGAGAGACCAGCUGCCAGCUCAUCAAGAGCUGCCGCCAAGCGACCAGAGCGUACUCCUGUUAAGAAGGCCGCCGAGCCUCCCAAGAAGAAGGAACCCGAGGUUGAUCUCUUCUCCUUCGAUGACCCUGCGCCAGCAUCUUCUGCAGCACCAGCGUUGGCCCCAAGCAACGCUGCCGCUGCUCCUGCGCAAGACGACGACGACGAGUUCGACGACUUCCAGUCAGCUACCCCUGCUCAGGCAGCUCCAUCCAACAAUUUUAUGCAAAGCCCCGCUGUGACAUCGAUGGCCUCCUCAACCGCCCAGUUUGUUGCUCCCCAACCUCAAUCGGCUCCUCAGCAAGCUGACAUUAGCCACAUGGUUAGCAUGGCGUCCAUCUCGCCUGCACCAAGUGCCUCAGGAACUCCCGGGCCCAACUACUCUGCCUUUAGCAUCCCUGCUGCUCCUGCGGCACAGGCUCCCAAGCCUGCUGCCUUCCAACAGACUGGACCCAACUACUUCAGCUCUGUCCAAGCACAGACAGCAAAGACCCCAACAACAUCUGCCUUCUCAGGCAUGGGAAGCGCCUCCAGCGCUGCGCCCAGCGGCCCUACUACUAUGGCUAACAUGAAGCCCGUUAUUAGUUCAUCAGCCAAGCCAGCACCCGCUGCUGGUGGAGAUGCCUUUGGAGCUCUCUGGGGCAAGGCCAGUGGAGGCGUCAAGAAGCCAGAGACACCCAAGACUGGACCCGCAAUGGGCCAACUUGCCAAGGAGAAGAGCAGUGCUGGAAUCUGGGGAGCCCCAGUAGCUCCAUCUUCCAGCGGCAGUGCUCCUCCCAAGACCGGCGGAUCUGCUAUGGACGAUCUCCUUGGUUAAGCUUAUAUGCUAAAAUCUAUCUUCAGAAUGGUGGAUCAUAACCUGGAACUGAGACGACGGUUGGGGCACUAACGCGUCUGUUGGUUGAGCGGGCUUGAGAAUGUACAGAAUAAUAAGCAGUGGGACAGCAUGUUUGUAUUCAUGAUAGGAUCCUAGAUAGGCGUCUGGCGCAACAAAAUGAACUGACAUGUCAUGUCGCUCUAUUUUCAGCCAACUUGGCCUGGCUGGCCCCUGUGGUAGGCCACCAGCAUUAGAUCGAUUAUGCUGUGUCAGGUGAAAUGGAACCAACGAUGGAUUCACGACGAUCACUGUGAACCACACAAGAUCAGGUCAACAGCCGAGAUCGAUCCUGGACCGGAUCAGUUGCCGUUGCAGUAGGACGACUAUCCCGGAAUAACUUGCAACAGUGGACUCAUAAUCCUCA